AUGGAUGAUCGUCUUGAAGACAUGAUGCGUGAUAUCGGAGAAGACUCGUUUAAGAGGGCUCAUGUGCAUGAUACUUUGUGCAGCGACAAGGAUACACCUUUGUACCCGGGAUGCACAAAUUUUACACGUUUGUCAGCGGUGUUAAAGUUGUUUAAUCUGAAGGCAAAGAAUGGGUGGACCGACAAAAGUUUUAGCGAAUUGCUUGAAUUGUUGACACAAAUGCUUCCUGAAGGUAACGUAAUACCAAACCGGUGUUACGAGGCGAAGAAAGUAUUGUGUCCGAUGGGUUUGGAGUAUGAAAGGAUACAUGCAUGUCCUAAUGAUUGCAUAUUAUACAGAAAAGAGUUUGUAAACUCUGAUCAUUGUCCGAAGUGCAUGGCGUCACGCUACAAAAAGAAAGAUGGUGAUUCUAGUGAUGAUGUGGUGACAAAAAAGGGUUCUCCCGCGAAAGUUGUAUGGUACCUACCAAUAAUUCCAAGGUUCAAGAGAUUGUUCGCUAAUGCAAAUGACGCAAAGAAUCUUAGAUGGCAUGUAGAAGAGAGAAAAUGUGAUGGACAAAUUCGCCAUGUAGCUGAUUCUUUGCAAUGGAAGAAAAUCGAUUCUUUGUUUCCAAAUUUUGGCAAGGAGUCGAGAAACCUUAGACUUGGACUUGCUACUGAUGGAAUGAAUCUGUUUGGCAAUCAAAGUACUAACCAUAGUUCAUGGCCUGUUCUGCUCAUGAUUUACAACCUAUCUCCUUGGUUGUGCAUGAAGCGUAAAUAUAUUAUGUUAUCGAUGAUGAUUUCAGGCCCAAGACAACCCGGAAAUGACAUAGAUGUUUAUCUAAGUCCCCUAAUUGAUGAUUUAAGAGUGUUGUGGGAGGAAGGAGUUGAUGUUUUUGAUGCGUAUUCUGGAGAACAAUUCAAUAUGCGUGCAAUGUUGUUUUGCACCAUCAACGACUUUCCGGCAUAUGGUAAUUUGUCAGGGUAUAGCGUUAAAGGGCACCUAGCGUGUCCUAUAUGUGCAAAAGACACAAAUUUCAAGCAAUUGAAAAAGGGAAAGAAGACUGUGUAUCUUGGGCAUCGGAGAUUUCUAAACCGUUAUCAUCCAUAUCGUAGAUUGCAGAAAGCUUUCAAUGAUCACCCGGAGGAUGGUGACGUUGCAAAGGAUGUUGGAAAGGGCAAAAAAAAGGCCAAAAAAAAGUCUGAUGUGGAAAAAAAGCCUGAUGUGAAAAUUGCAUGGAAAAAGAGGUCGGUGUUCUUUGAUCUUCCAUAUUGGUCCAGUCUUGAUGUAAGACAUUGUAUUGAUGUGAUGCACGUGGAGAAAAAUGUAUGUGAUAGUGUAAUCGGAACACUUCUCAACAUUGCAGGCAAGACAAAGGAUGGUAUAAAUGCUCGUCUUGAUAUGGAUUUGAUGGGUAUACGAAAAGAGCUAUUACCACAACAAAUAAAUAACAGGACAUAUUUGCCACCAGCAUGUUACACUUUGUCUAAAAAAGAGAAAACAAGUUUUUGUGAGUGUUUACAAAGUAUCAAAGUGCCGCAUGGUUACUCAUCAAAUGUCAAGAAGCUUGUAUCAAUGAAAGAUCUCAAAUUAAUUGGCUUAAAGUCUCAUGAUUGUCAUGUGUUGAUGCAACAACUCCUACCCGUGGCUAUUCGUGGGAUAUUGCCUGACAAUGUUAGGAAAACUAUAAGUAGGUUGUGCUUAUUCUUCAAUGCAAUAUGUUGUAAAGCCAUUGAUCCAUUGAAGUUAAACGAGUUGGAAAAUGAGGCUGCAGUUUUCUUGUGUCAAUUGGAGAUGUAUUUCCCUCCUUCAUCUUUUGACAUUAUGGUUCACUUAAUUGUUCAUCUAGUACGAGAGAUUAGAUUGUGCGGACCCAUUUAUUUAAGGUGGAUGUAUCCAAUUGAGCGAUAUAUGAAGAUCCUAAAAGGGUAUACAAAAAACCCGCACCGUCCGGAAGCAUCGAUCGUUGAGAGGUACAUUGCAGAAGAAGCUAUUGAGUUUUGUUCAAACUAUUUGUCAGAAGCGGAUGCUAUAGGGGUUCCUAAGUCUCGUCACGAUGGAAGAUGUGGAGGUAGGGGUAUACAAGGUUUAAAUGUCAAGAGCAUGAGUGCUCAGGUAAUUCUUCAGGCACAUUUGUAUAUAUUGAAUAACACGGAUGAGGUUGAACCUUACUUAUCUGAUCACAAAAACAUCUUAAAGAUAAAGUACCCAAGAAUGAAUGAAAAAGGAUUGUUAAUAGAACAUAAUAAGAGUUUUUCUGAGUGGUUCAAAGAAAAGGUUGCUUAUGAUGGUAGUGAUUCUGAUACAAUAAAGUGGUUGUCCUAUGAGCCUAAACUUCCAAGGAUAAAAACUCGGUUAUGGCAUCUUCGCCCUACUAUGGGGUGA